AAACUCGGCUCCUCCACUCCUGGACCACUAGCAAUCCAAGAAGUGUUCCGACUUCAAGUAGUUGCGACGAGGAGAGCAGCUCCGUCCCAGAGCUCGAGACCCCGACCCGAGAACAGAAGCUCGCCCGAGAUGCCGCCACGAAUAAACAUCCCGCCAGUAACCCGCAUUACGCUCAUUGUUCUGGGCGUGCAGUCGGUGUUAAGCGCAGCGAUACGGUAUCGCCAGUGGACGGCAACCUCGGAGAUCGUCAUCCCCUAUCUCAACCUGAUACCCCAGCUCUCUCUGGCAUAUCCGUGGACCUUCUUGACAACAACAUUCGUCGAGAGCAACGUAUUCACACUAUCCAUUGCCUGCACUACUCUCUACAAUGGCGGCCGCUAUCUGGAGCGAGCUUGGUCCUCUCGCGAGUUCGCCAAGUUCCUUCUCAUCACCUCCGUGGUACCCAAUGCGCUCUGCUUCGGCACCUUGAUUCUGUUCUACGCCCUGACACGGAACGAGCGGUGGACGCUUAUGACUAUCGCGGGCACCAUCCCCCUCCAGAUCUCCUUCCUCGUCGCCUUCAGCCAGCUCGUACCGGCGCACACGGUGACGCUCUUCCGAGGCCUUCUCUCGCUGCGCGUACCCCGCUUUCCGCUGCUUUACAUCAGUUUGGUCACCCUCCUCUGCCUUACGCCCAUGCUCACCGCCGCUUCCUUCUUCCUUGCCGUCUAUGGUUUCCUCGUCAGCUGGACCUACCUCCGCUUCUUCAAGGUCGCCUUUCCCGACCUCGACACUUCGCAGCCGAGCUCCCUCCGCGGCGAUGCCAGCGAGACCUUUGCCAUUGCCGCGUUCUUUCCGGGGCCCGUCCGGCCUCUGGUCGCCAGCAUUUCGACGCAGGUAUUCAACGUGCUUGUAGCCAUGCGGCUCUGCGUGCCCUUCAGCGCAGCCGACAUCUCGGCUGCUCGUGGCGACCACCACCACCAUCACUCCUUUUCACACCGCGGUGCCCCGGGGAGCGCCCGUGCCGAGGCUGAGCGGAGGAGAGCUCUUGCCUUGCGGGCCCUCGAUCAGCGCCUCCACGCCGCGACCGCCCACGCCGCCGCCCGCGCACAGAGCGCGCCCGUACCACCUGCCGUCGCCCCUCCAGUCCCUUCGGCCACGGGACCGACAGUAAAAAGCCAGCCGCAGGCGCCGCCGCCCAACGCCAUGACCGCGCAAGCGGCCCCCGGGAGCGGAAUGCUCGGCGAGACCAACUACAACCCGGAUGCGGAUGCGGAUAGGAACGGCCCGUAAUGGAUUUUUUUUGGGGAGGACAAGUCUACGGAAGCCGUGGAUCCUUCAUUCGUUUGGGACAGCGUUGGAUUCUCCAACGAAUGUCGUCGUCUACCAAAGGUCAAUAGGUCAAUACGGGGGCGUGGCGUACUCGGAGCAUAUGUCCACCCUUAUGACC